CGUGUAGUUAACACUAACCGUAGACUGAACAAGGAGACGUCAUUCGAAUUAGAAAACUGUCUCAACGAAAGGAGUGUUCGUGGGAAGAAAGUGAACGAGAGGAAGACGCAGGACCAAAGUGCCGCAGCGAACCCCUGAUUACAAGGCACAAUCAGGAAGCGAGGCCUUGACCCCAAGAGGCAGAUAGAGCAUUCAACCAGUCGGUGCAGUACGAUGUCUACCUGAUGUGGGAAGCGGAAGGACUGCGUUGGCGGACGUAGGAGGCAACACUGAUCAUUGCGUCCAUCCCGAGCGACCGUGGGAAAGCGAGAGAGACGGAGAGAAAGAGAGAGAGAGAGAGCGUUGAGCGUGGGCUGUUAGCCGUCGAGGGCGAGUUCGACCCCAGAGCACGAGGGUGUUGCGGAGGAGCCCUUGGAUGGAAGUGUGAAGAGUGAGGCCCCGUCAGGUUCUCGCGGCUUCAGCACCAAGGGAUGAUGAAGGCCAGGCACUUUGCGCGUCGGUUCUCCCUCCAGCCGACGCCUGUGAGCAAGGAGGAGGACGCGGCCGGCUCCCCGGGCGCGGGCGGCGCCGCCUCCACCAGCGGGGUCUCAGUCGACAAGCCCGGCGAGGACCCGAAGAAGCGGCGCUACCGGGUGGUGGUGAUGGGCGCCGCUAAGGUGGGCAAGACGGCCAUCAUCAACCAGUUCCUGUACGACUCCUUCACGCCCAAGUACACGCGCACGGUGGAGGAGAUGCACCACGGAGAGUACGAGGUCUCGGGAAUGUCGCUGACCUUAGACAUCUUAGACACAUCCGGUUCCUACGAAUUCCCAGCGAUGAGAGAGCUCUCGGUGAACCAGGCCGACGCCUUCAUCCUAGUCUACGCAAUAACGGAUGCAGAUUCCUUCCAAGAGGUGCGGAACCUGCGCGAGAUGAUCAUGCGGACGAAGAACAAGCCGGUGCCCAUCGUGGUCGUGGGCAACAAGAACGACCUGGAGGAGCAGCGCGCCGUGCCCACCGAGAUGGCCGAGACGACCGUCCUCGUCAACUGGGAGAAUGGCUUCCUCGAGGCCAGCGCCAAGGACAACCUCAACGUCCUUCACAUCUUCAAGGAGUUGCUCAACCAGGCAAAAAUUAGGUAUGCUCUGAGUCCAGCCGUCAAGAGGCGCCGCCAAUCUAUGCCAAACGUGGGCAUGCAGAUCACGCCGGCUCAGCUCUCGCACCUCCAGCAUAUCAAACAAAAGCACAGCGGGAAGCGCAACUCGUGUGUCAUUUCUUAGAGAAAAGUUAUGGUGCUGCUGAUGGGUCUUAUCCAUUUCUCCCUUUUCUCUGUCCCUUCCAUUUUGUGCUGUAGCAGAGAUUCCAUUAAUUGUCUGUAAGAAUACGAUGUAAACCAAUAGAGUUGUGACUUCCUCACGUCUCUUGUCAAUGUGGACACCGACGUCUGCGGAAUGGGCGAACUUUGGCGCCGAGAGCAUAUUUGCAUAUAGAUCACCGGGGCGAUUCGCAUGCAUCACUCGAGAGGAAACGGAAACGAAACGGAACGGAGCAGCGCAAAAAAGGAAAGAAAAAAAAGCAAGCAAGAAAGAAAGAAAGAAAGAAAAAGAAAUUAAGUUAUUUGUGAAUUAUAAAAUUGGGUGUUUGAAUUAUCCUGUGAAUAUAUAAAAGAUGGGAAAACUGUCUGAUGGACGUCGAGUGGAAUGGAAAACGAAUUGUCCAAAGAGGUUUUGCAUUACCUGAAAAAAAAAAUGAUUCAUGAUAACCUCAUUCACAAAAAAAAAAAACAGUAAGAAAAAUUGAAUUACCAAAUGUUCCAAACCGAAGAAAAGGGUAAAAUAUCCAUGUGAUUAAAAAUAACGUUAUUCUUCUAUGUUCAAUGAGCUUUAGCCCUCUUUCCUCAAGUUAGUACACCUCGAUAGUGAUUUAAGAAGCUUUUUCGAAUUUCGCUCGCGUUUUCCCGCCAAGAUCGGGUGGCUUUUUCCCGCCAAUACAUGUAAUCUGUGCCAAACGACCACGCAACUCUACGCAUCUCACUGUGACAGUUUCUCUCCCGCUUGCAUUGAACUUCAUUCGUACUUCUUGAACACCGAUUAAUAAUGUAGUCGUACCAUCUUCAUUUUAUCUUUGACUAUCUUCUUGUUCACUUGCUGAUUUGAAGGGAGACUGGGGCGCCGUCUUCCCCGCCAAGGGUUUCUGGGUGAUCAGCCGCUACA